UGAAGCUGAAAAGUUUUGCUGUGAUGUUAAGAUAAUUCUGUAAACUUAUUCAAACCUCUUUGUAUUUAUUGACAACAUGAUGAUGACAUUAAGAAAUCGGUCUCUUUCUCUGGUCUUUCUCAGAGUAAGGAGCAGUAUAGAGACGCUCUGGUUGUGUUAUUCCACCCCGACUCCUCAGACUGCAGGUCACCUGCUUGCCCUACUUGCUCUCUGUCUCUCAAUGGCCGUGGUUACCGCCGGUCUACUUUUCCACUGGCUUACAGACUUUCUGAAAUAUGAGCUUCAGACUGCAUGGGUCGCCGUUUGCAUCUACGGUGCAUCUGUGUUUAUUUUGUCAUCUUUAAUCCAUCCAUUCCGAUGUGCCUUAACGUUGAUUUUUCCCACACUGGGCACCAGACAGGGCCGUAAACUGCUCUUGUCCACGUCUGUUAUGAUCGUAAUGCUUUACGUCCUGCCCAACAUGGCUGCCAACAUCGCAACUCUAACGCACAUUGUGAAAUGCGCCUCAGAAAAGCUUUCUCAAAGUCUCCUUAGCAGCUCGGAUCUCAUUAACACCAUCAAGGACAACAUAGUCAAAACAGCUGAGGAGAGCGCAAUUUCAAUAAAAGAUCUGAUGCAAACACUGCAUGACUUUAAUCACACCACAAAUAUAAAUGUUUCAGAAGUGAAGAAUAGAUUGCAUUUCUUGAGCAAACAGGUGCAGGAGGAUUUCUCUGAAGUCAAAAGUCAUGUACAGGAUCUAAAACUGCUGGCCAGCAGAAUCUUUGCUGCGUUUUUUGUUUUGUAUUUGUUUGCAGAGUCUGUGAUUUACCUUCGCUCCUAUUUGACUUCAGUGAGAUUUGACAACACGUACAUCACAGGUGGCCUUAGGACGAAGGCUGCAGGCAAAGGCGUCUCUGUUGAAAUGAAGGACCUGAAGAACGGUGUUAACUCUACCAGUUUUAGAAUGACUAAAAGAGAACUUUGCAAAUGUUUGAUUCCUGCUUUGGUGAUCACUUUAUAUCUACUGAUGACAGUUUUCCUGAUUAUAUUAGACCAUAUAUUGUAUUAUUUGGUGAAAUCUGGUGGAUCAUGGAUUUCAAACAUUCCAUCAACCAACAUCAGCAUCGAUGUCCAUUUCAAGGUUGGGACUAACUUGCCCAUAUGUCAGGUUAUAAACUUAAACUGUCAGUCAGAGUUUAACUUGGACAGAUCGUACUCAGCCCUUAUUCACACUCCAAGCGCUUGUGAAGCCCAGCCCAGUGAGCUGAACCCAGCGGCGGUGACUGCGCUGGUCUUCCUGUAUCUCUUUACCUACACCCUACUGCUCCUGGAGGUCUAUGCGCGACGCCUUAGGAGGAAAAUAGCCGCUUCUUUCUUCCAGCAACAGGAGGAGAGAAGGCUUGAAUUCAUUAUUAAGAAAAUUCAAGUGAAAAACAAUGAAAGGCAAAAUAAAGUUUUCUUUAUCACUCAGGAUGAAGAAAGGAAAAAUGCUCAAAUUAGCAUUUAGAAAGGAAAAAGGCUCAAAUUAGAUUUGUUAAUAAUGCACUUCAUAUUAUUUAUGAACGGUAUAUCUGUACUGGCAUUACACGGACAUUGGGGGCUAAAGUAUGACAUCACCAAUUACAAUGUGUUUUAUUUAAAUAAGCACUCACAUUGUAUUCAAAUUAUAUUAUUGGUUUAAUAAUUUUGAUUAAGAGUUACAGGAACAUUUAUAUGGGAACAUCUAAUGUCACAAAUGUGCUUAUUUUUUUAAACUUAAAAAUAGCUUUAUAUAGCUAUUUUGUAAAAGAAAUCUAAAAUUGUCUGUGUUUAAAAAUGUUUUGAACCCUUAAAGGUCUAGUCAUUGCCAGGUUUCUAAAUUUCAAUUUCUAAAUUUC